UUUGCUUGACUUACACAUAUGUAUUUUAAAAACCCAUCUGGGGUUAUAUUUCAAAAAAAUAAUAAAUACUGGAAAAUAGUAAAACGUCUUUCACUCUACAAUAAAUGAAAUUUUAUGUUGAAUUGAAACAACCAACAGAAUGUCCAACGACCAUGAGUGCAUCGAUGCGCAGUAUCAAUCAUUAUCAAUUUUAGGCCAAUGCUGCCAGGGUUAUGGAUCUGUUGAGCUUGCAAAGCACAAGCAAAGUCAGAAAAUAGUUGUUAUUAAACGAAUUAACUUGGACACGCUCAAAGACGAAGUCGAAUUAGUUGAGGAUGAAAUCAUUUUAACAAGGCAACUAUGCCAUCCAAACAUCAUAAAAUACUUAACUUCUUAUGUGAAUGGUUCAGAUGUGUGCAUUGUCAGUCCACUAAUGGGAUUCCUUUCAUGUAGGAAUUUAUUAAACAUUCAUUUUAUCAAUGGGUUAGCUGAGAAUGCCAUUGCACUGAUAACAAGAGAUGUUUUGGAUGCAUUGGAAUAUGUGCACAGAAGAGGAAUAAUCCAUAGGGCAAUUAGAGCAAGUCAUGUGCUCAUAAGUGAAACUGGCAACAGUUGUCUCACGGGUUUUCGCUAUGCAUGUCCAAUUAUCAAAAAUGGCCGCUGGCAGCGUCAGAUACAUUCCUUUCCGACAAGCACAGCGCGCAAUCUCAACUGGCUAAGUCCCGAAGUGCUCGAGCAGAAUCUACAGGGUUACAAUGAGAAAUCUGACAUUUAUAGUGUUGGUCUACUCAUUACUGAAUUGGCAAACGGCGCUGAACCGUUUGCAGAUAUGUCUACGACGUUAAUGCUCACAGAAAAAGUGCGAGGGUCUGCACCACAACUUCUGGACUGCAGUACUAUUCCUCCAGAAGAUGAUGAAGCUCAUGGAGAUUCCGGUUUAAACAUGCAUUUCCAUAAGCAGUCGAAGCGGAAAUUCAGCAAUGGUUUACAUGAAGUCGCUGCGUUGUGUCUACAAAAAGAAGCGCAUGGGCGACCGACAGCAGCGCAAUUAAUGACACAUCCGUACUUCAAAAUUAAUCGACGCAGUAUGCAUUUAACGGAAUUGUUAAAACCUGCCAUACCUAUUGGAAACAAUGUUAUUCAUAAUAAUGCAGAGUUUCAAUGUAUUGAUAACAUGCGGAAACUCAGCCAGAUGGAAUUGUACUCCUGUGAUUGGGACUUCUGAUCAACAAGAAAAUGUGAUAAGUGAUAGUAAAUGAUGUAUGUUUUCGUUAAUUAUCUGAUUUGAAUCCAUAUUUCUCGUCUAAUUAUUUAAAGAAAUGUAAAUCGCGCUUGUAACGUUCCAGUAAAAUUAUAUUAUUGCUACUUCGCAAAAUACAACAUGAUACAACAUAAAUUUGAUUUCUAAAAAUAUAUAUGUACAUAUAAAUGCA